CACUAGUUAAUACAUUUCUAAUAUUAGAUGACAUGCUGAUGCAGUUAUUAUACAUAGGUCUUGAUGUUUUUUUAUAAAAAAUUGGAAUUAAUAUGUAGAUAAAAAGUUUACAAAUAUAAAAAAUCAUUACUAAUUAUUGAAUAAAGUGGGUAAUCUAAUCAAAUGAUGACAAUGUGCAACACAAUUAUGCAUUGCAUUUGUUUUAUUUAUACCUAAUUAAUCAGACCAGUUUACCUGAAAAUAAAAUAACCAUGCAAUAUUACACCACAUCAUAAUAUUAGACUGAUUAUAAAUUGCAAACAGACAUUUUUUCAUUAUAUGUAUAUUUAUGUAAAAGUUGUUUAAAAUUAUAAACUAACAUAGGUAAUCUGAUAAAAGGACCUUUAUGUUCAAUUAAAUGUGGAAAGCCUAAAAAAAAAAUGAGUACACUGCAUUUAUUUUAUUUAUACCUAAUUAAUCAGACCAGUUUACCUGAUAAUAAAAUAACCAUGCAAUAUUACACCACAUCAUAAUAUUAAACUGAUUAUAAACUGCAAACAGACAUUUUUUCAUUAUAUAUAUAUAUAUAUAUAUGUAAAAGUUAUUUAAAAUUAUAAAUUAUCAUAGGUAAUCUGGUCAAAGGACCUUUAUGUUUAAUUAAAUGUGGAAAGCCUAAAGCAAAAUGAGUACACUACAUUUAUUUUAUUUAUACCUAUAAUUAUCUGACAAUAAUACAUAAACCGAUGAUCACUUACACACUCAUACAACCUUAUUAGAUUGUAUAUAAGCAGUCGGCAUGCAUUGAUUAUAGACAGUGUUAAAUCUCAACAUCAUUUACUAGACUUGAUGCGUCGUCGCUUCACAACAUUACAAAACCGCUACAAGACUACAUAACAAGUAAAAAUACAAUGUCUUCAUAUACCAAUGUUACUGACGAAAGCUCAUCAAAUGAAGAUCAGGAAAGUUCAUAUUCAGUAAAACCUGUUAAACCAAAAAUCAGUAAAAGAAAAAAUGUUGGCGAGUCAAAAACUGGUAGUAAAAAGACCAAGAUCGGAAAGCAAUCGGAAUCAUACAAGGAUAUUUUUAUGGAUUUGAUAUCAAAAGGGAAAGUUGAAAAUGAUGUAUUGAACACAUUAACAAUGAAGGAAGGAAAUAAUUCAUACACUUUUAAAUGUCCUGUUGCACCACACUGUGAAGACUACUAUGUUAUUCAGCAUUACAAAAUUAGUACAAUUCAAGAUAUUCCGUCAGAUGAAAGGUUAAAACAUGCGGAAGCUAGUAUUAAAAUUCAUACAUCUACUAGAGAUACAAAAGAUUCGAACAUUUCAAACAAAAUCAAUGACGUUGUUCGUGAAAUAUUGGACCGGUUUUCAGCAGAUCCUAAGAAAAAAAUUAUUAAAAAUACUAAAAAAUAAAUUAACAACAAUUUAAAUGUAUAUACUAUAUUAUCAAUAUUGCAAAUUAUAAACAUUUAUAAUUUAAUGAUUGUAUAAUAAA